AUGAAGCUCUUAAAUACAACAGGAUUCUUUCAUGGAAGUGCGCUCUUGUUUAGUGCCAUGGUAGGGGCAGGAAUUUUAAUGUCUCCUAAAGGAGCAUUAAAAUAUUCCUCAUUGAACAUCCCAGUUUCUCUGAGUAUUUGGGUAGGUUGAGCCCUGCUGAGCAUGAUGAAUGCUCUCUGUCUUGCAGAGCUGGGGACCACCUUCCCUGUGAGUGGAGCAUCUUAUUAUUUCCUCAAAAGAUCUCUUGGAUACUCUGUUGCUUUUCUCAGUCUUUGGAUUAAAACUUUUACUCAUUCCCUAGGCAUUGGUGCUCAAAGCCUACUAAUAGCUAGUUAUCUAAUUCAGCCUUUCUAUUCUGAGUGCCCAGCUCCAGAGGUCCCAAAAAAAUGCCUAGCUUGGAGGGCUUUAGCUGUUCUGUGGUUUUUUGGAAUUCUUAAUGCUCGAGGGAUGAAAACAUUGGCUAGAUUUCAAACUGUCACCAGUUUGAUGAAGAUAUUCGUUCUUUGCCUCAUUUCUCUAACUGGGGUGGUUCUGUUAGCGACUGGGAAGAAGGAGAAUGUAUCCAGGUUUGAGAAUGCUUUGGACGCUGAACUUCCUGAUACCUCACAGAUUGCAGAGGCCAUUCUCCAAGUGUAUUUUUCAUAUAUAGGAUCAUCAUUACUGAUCAACAUAGCAGGAGAAAUAAAAUGUCCCACUGAAACAAUUCCAAAAAUUUUAUAUUCUGUCAUGUCCAUUGUGACUGUGUUGUACUUGCUGACUAAUAUAUCAUAUUUGGCAGUUUUGACACCUCAAGAAAUCAUCUCUUCAGAUUCGGUUUCUGUCACGUGGACAGACAGAGUCUUUCCUUCCAUGCAAUGGGUUAUUUCUUCAGUGAUCUCAAUUUCACUGAUGGAUGGCAUAUCUUGUGGAAUACUUUCAGCAUCAAGAAUAUUUUACUGUGCAAGUCAAGUUGGUCAAUUUCCUUUCAUCAUCUCAAUGAUUAAUGACCACCACUUAUCACUUGUAGCUGUCAUCCAGAUUUCCAUUAUAUCUUCUGUGGCAAUAAUAACUUCAAGUUUAGUCUACUUAGUGAAAUAUGUGGGUCUAGGAUCAUGGUGUGUAAAUUUGCUUAGUAUGAUUGGGUUGCUAAGACUAAGGUACAAGAACCCUGAUCUACCAAGACUUUAUAAGGUGUGGCUGCCGUUUAUAUUUGGAUCUAUAGUUUCAUCAGUUUGUCUCAUUUUCACACCAGUUAUUCGGUCUCCUAGUGUAGAGCAUGUCUAUCAGGUUGCCUUCCUUUGCUGUGGACUUCUGUGUUCCUGGCUUCAAGCUCACCUUAAUAGACAUGCUGCUUGUUUUGAUACAAUCACUUGUUACUGCCAACUACUUUUCAAUGUCUCCCCAUCUAAAGACCAAGAUAAAUUAAUUGCUGCACAAAAUUAUGACUAA